GCAUUCCCUGUGUGUGGUGCGAAAUUAAGGAAGAACAAAUGCAUACCUGGCCAUAGGUUGGUUAGAGUAUUGUAUCAGAGAUAGAAGAAACAAAAGGAACUGUGAAACAAAAAUGAGAACCUCAUUGUGUUGUAGCAUUAUUCUGUUAAGUUUCGUCUUCAUUUGGCUGAAUAAUGUAACAGUAACAGUGUUAGGCUCUUCCUUCAGCGACCUCGACACGUUGUUGAAGCUCAAGGAAGCCAUGAAAGGAUCAAAAGCCAAACCCGACGCGCUUCAAGAUUGGAAAUUCUCAACCUCUAUCUCCGCUCACUGUUCAUUCUCCGGCGUCACCUGCGACCGCCAGAACCUCCGCGUCGUGGCCCUUAACGUCUCCUUUGUUCCCCUUUUCGGCAGCAUUCCGCCGGAGAUAGGCCUCUUGGACAAGCUCGAGAGCCUUACCCUCUCAUCGGACAAUCUCACCAAGAAGCUUCCCAUGGAGCUCGCCAAUCUCACCUCCCUCAGGCUCCUCAACAUCUCGCACAACCUUUUCUCUGGUCGCUUCCCCGGCGAUAUCACCGUGGCCAUGACAGAACUCGAAACGCUGGACAUCUACGACAACAGCUUCAGCGGAACCUUACCAGAGGAGUUCGUGAGACUGGAGAAGCUCCGGUGCCUCAACCUCUCUGGAAACUAUUUCUCCGGCGAGAUUCCUGAGAGUUACUCUGAGUUCGAAAGCUUGGAGAUUCUGAACCUGGCCACAAACAGCUUAACCGGCAAGAUUCCAAGAAGCUUGGUGAAAUUGAAGAAGCUGAAAAGACUAUCCCUCGGGUAUGACAAUUCCUACUCAGAUGUAGUACCUACAGAAUUCGGUUCGUUCGAGUCGUUGCAACUGCUUGAUUUGUCCAGCUGUAACUUGAGCGGUGAGAUUCCUCCCACGCUCGGCGCGUUAACUCACUUGCACACUCUCUUCCUUCAAAUGAACAACCUUACCGGAACCAUUCCUUCACAACUCUCCACUAUGAUAAGCCUCAAGUCGUUGGAUCUCUCCUACAACGAGUUAACGGGCGAGUUUCCGUUGACAUUCUCUAAGCUCACCAAUCUCACGCUAAUCAAUUUCUUCCAUAACAAACUCCGAGGCAACAUCCCUUCCUUCGUUGGGGAUCUCCCGAACCUGGAGACGUUUCAGGUUUGGGGUAACAACUUCUCCAACGUGCUUCCACCCAACCUUGGCCAAAACGCCAGAUUCUUAUACUUCGACGUCACUAAUAACCACUUCACUGGAGAGCUCCCUAGGGACCUGUGCAAAUCCGGCAGGUUGAGAACGUUCUUGGCCACCGGUAACUUCUUCUACGGCACCAUUCCUGAAGGAAUAGGAGGUUGCGUUUCGUUGGAGAAGAUAAGAAUUAGUGAUAACUUCCUCCAAGGCCAGGUUCCUCCUGGGAUCUUUAAAUUGCCAGCUGUCCAGAUCAUCGAGAUGGCGAAUAACCGUUUUAACGGAAAUCUUCCUUCUGAUAUUUCCGGGGAUUCCCUCAGCAUCCUAACCCUCUCCACUAACAACUUCGCCGGCAGGAUCCCGCCGGAGCUCAAGAAUCUCCAGAAACUGCAGACGCUUGCGCUCGACGCGAACCAGUUCGAUGGAGAGAUUCCAGGGGAGGUGUUUGACUUGCCGGCGUUGAUCAAGGUCAACUUGAGCGGCAACAACCUCACCGGUGAGAUUCCGGAGUCGGUGAUUCACUGUGGUUCUCUGACGGCGGUUGAUUUUAGCCGGAACAUGCUCACCGGAGAAAUUCCCAAGGGGAUAAAAAGCCUCACAGUUCUAAGCAUCUUGAACCUCUCGCGCAACCACAUCACCGGAACUGUCCCCGACGAGAUUCGCUUCAUGACGAGCCUCAACACGCUGGAUCUCUCCAACAACAACUUCAUUGGAAGAGUCCCCACGGGUGGCCAGUUCGUGGCCUUCAACGACAAGUCGUUUGCAGGGAACCCUAACCUCUGCUCUCCGCACCAGCCGUAUUGUCCUUCCUCCGUCAACACUGCCUCUGGAAAAAGCCACAAUCCUCUGAGUUCAAAAUCAACUAAGGUAGUUAUAAUCGUGAUCGCGAUCUCCACGGCAGUGCUCCUGGCUAUGGUGACGGUAUACAUUAUGAGGAAGAGGAAGCACCAGAAAGAAAUGUCGUGGAAGCUGACGGCGUUCCAGUCAACGCUGAAAAUGAAGGCAGAGGAGGUGGUGGAAUGCUUGAAGGAAGAGAACAUCAUUGGAAAAGGAGGAGCAGGAAUCGUGUACCGCGGGACAACGCCGAAGGGAACGGAGGUAGCAAUCAAGAGACUUGUGGGGCAAGGAAGUGGAAGAAACGAUUACGGUUUCAAGGCGGAGAUAGAGACGUUAGGGAAGAUAAGGCACAGGAACAUAAUGAGGCUCUUGGGUUACGUGUCAAAUAAGGACACGAACCUGUUGCUGUAUGAGUACAUGCCGAAUGGAAGCUUGGGAGAGUGGCUGCAUGGUGCGAAGGGAGGGCACCUCACGUGGGAAAUGAGAUACCGCAUUGCGGUGGAAGCUGCCAAGGGGCUCUGCUACUUGCACCAUGAUUGCUCGCCCUUGAUCAUUCACAGGGAUGUUAAGUCCAAUAACAUCUUGCUUGAUGAGAACUUUGAGGCACACGUUGCUGAUUUUGGGCUCGCCAAGUUCUUGCAGGACCCUGGAGCGUCUCAGUCCAUGUCCUCCAUUGCUGGCUCCUACGGCUACAUUGCUCCAGAGUACGCUUACACGCUGAAAGUGGACGAGAAGAGCGAUGUAUACAGCUUUGGAGUAGUGCUGUUGGAGCUGAUCGUGGGAAGGAAGCCAGUGGGUGAGUUCGGAGAUGGUGUUGACAUCGUUGGAUGGGUCAACAAGACCAUGUCGGAGCUGUCUCAGCCGUCGGAUGCGGCUUCCGUGUUGGCAGUGGUGGACCCCAGGCUUAAUGGGUAUCCAUUGGGCAGCGUCAUCCACAUGUUCAACAUAGCUAUGAUGUGUGUUAGAGAAAUUGGCCAUGCUAGGCCUACCAUGAGGGAAGUUGUUCAAAUGCUCACUAAUCCACCUCAAUCUACUACCCAUCAUAACCUAAUUAAUCUCUAGUUCAUUAACCUUCUUACUUUACCCUUUGUAAAUAAAUUAACACAGAUGAAACUGUGCAAAAUAUAAUAACCUUCAUCGAUAUAUAUAUGUGUAGACGUGUACUAAUACCAAAUGUAAAAUAGGUUUGAAUUUUGGGUUGAUGUUAUUUGUCAAGUGGAGGGGUUUGUCCUGAUUGUGUUAUUAUCAGAAGUUUUGUAGAAAAGAUAAUAUAUGUUGUUACAUAAUUAUCAUUUGUCA